AUGAACACCAUCCGCGAGAUUCAGAAUCUCAACAAGCGCGAGCUUGAGAAUGGAGUAGAUACGGCCUACGUCUACAUAGGCGGCCUCCCUUUCGACCUCUCAGAAGGCGACAUCCUGACUAUCUUCUCCCAAUUCGGCGAACCGACCUACAUCAACCUCAUCCGCGACAAAGAGUCAGGGAAAAGCAAAGGUUUCGCCUUCCUGAAAUACGAAGACCAACGCUCGACAGACCUCGCGGUGGAUAAUCUAGGCGGUGCCAGCGUCAUGGGAAGGGUGUUGAAGGUAGACCAUACGAGAUAUAAGCGAAAAGAUGGCGAGGAGGAAGAGGAGCGGGAGAGAGGCUUACAAGGUGGGCCGGCCGGCCAGGAGAGCGAUGAGGUGAGCGAGCAAGAGACAAGACCGAUGAUCAAGGAAGAACUCGAGCUGCAGAAAUUGCUAAGAGAUCAUGAUGACGAUGAUCCGAUGAAGGAGUACCUGGUGCAGGAGAAGAGAGAAGAGGUUGCGCGGGCGGUGGGGAGGAUCAAAGAUGGGGGAAAAGAGGGUAAGAGGAAGAAAGAGCAUGAGCAUAGACAUCAUCAUCGCAGUGACCGACAUGGUCAUCGGGGGAGACGGAGGAGCGAUGCGGAUGGGGAGAAGGAGGAUCGCCGCAGACCGGGCUAUGGUGAUGGGCAUCGUCAUGGUCAUAGGCGGAGGUCGAGAAGUCCUUGA